AUGGCCCCCCUGAAGACGCUGUUCCUGGUCGCCCUCCUCCUGGGGGCUCUCCUGCAGGACACCCACGCAGCCCGAGCAGGCAACGUGGGCCGGGAGUGCUGCCUGCAGUUCUACAAAGGAUCCAUUCCCGGCAAGCUGUUGGUGGAUUGGUACAAGACCCCGGACGAUUGUCCCAACAAAGCCAUUGUGCUGGUGACUCGCCAUGGCAAAAACAUUUGUGCAAACUCCAAGGACAAAAAUGUGAAGAGAGCAAUGAGGUACUUCCAGAAACACAGGAAGUCACCUGAUCUGGCCGCCUAG